AACGCCCAUCUCCCAAAACGAAACCACAUCUCAAUGGCGAAAGAUGAGGACGUGAAGCUUGUGGGUUCCUGGACUAGUCCAUUCGUGAUGAGGCCACGAAUCGCCCUCAACAUCAAAUCCGUUCACUACGAGUUCAUUCAAGAAACAUUCGGAUCCAAAAGCCCGCUUCUUCUCCAAUCCAACCCUGUUCACAAGAAGAUCCCUGUUCUCAUUCACGCCGGCAAACCCAUCGCCGAAUCCUCCAUCAUCGUUGAGUAUAUCGAUGAAGUCUGGUCCUCCGCUCCGUCCAUCCUUCCCUCCGACCCUUACGAUCGCGCCCUCGCUCGAUUCUGGGCUUCCGUCGUUGACGAAAAGUUUUUCACACCAAUGAAAGCGAGUGUGGGUGCAGAAGGGGAGGCGAAGAAGGGGCUUAUGAAUCAAGCGGUGGAAGCCAUAGGGUUAUUGGAGGAAGCUUUCGGGACGCUGAGCAGAGGGAAGGCGUUCUUCGGCGGAGACCAUGUUGGGUUUGUUGAUAUCGCUUUCGGGUCGUUUCUGGGGUGGAUUAGAGUGGCGGAGAUAUCAAAUGGGAUGAAAUUGAUAGACGCAGUGAAGACGCCAGGGCUGGACGGAUGGGCUCAGAGAUUCUCUGCACACGACGCUGUGAAAGAUCUGUUGCCCGACACUGCAAAGCUUCUGGAGUUCUCCAAGGUUCUGGCAGCCAAACUAAAAGAAAAGCACUGAGCUUCUUUCAUCUGUAGCGUUUCUUAAGCUAGAUAUUAUGAUGAAUAAUAAUAAUAAUAAU